AGACCUCAUUUAAGGUUUGGCAGUGGAAGCUAGGGGGUCUUGCUGGAGAUCCUUGUGUACCUGAGGCCUUCUGAAGCCAAACCAUUUACAUCUAAAGUGAAACAGAUGCGACUACAUAAAGAAGAUUUUGAAAUCCUAAAGGUGAUUGGUCGAGGAGCCUUUGGUGAGGUUGCAGUAGUAAAACUGAAGAAUGCAGAUAAGGUUUUUGCCAUGAAGAUACUUAAUAAGUGGGAGAUGCUGAAGAGAGCUGAAACAGCAUGUUUUCGAGAAGAGAGAGAUGUGUUAGUGAAUGGAGAUAACCAGUGGAUCACAACAUUACAUUACGCGUUCCAGGAUGAAAACUAUUUAUACCUGGUUAUGGAUUAUUACGUUGGAGGAGACCUGCUUACAUUGCUCAGCAAGUUUGAGGACAGAUUACCUGAAGAUAUGGCUCGUUUUUAUUUGGCUGAAAUGGUGAUAGCCAUCGAUUCUGUGCAUCAGUUGCAUUAUGUCCACAGUAGGCAUUCUGAACGACGCUGACUUCUGUUGAAAAAAGAGGGAUCACGGGUAUCUGUGUAGCUACCGAAUAUAACUUUAUUGGAUGAAGGAAGAAGAAAAAGGAUCUGUGCCGUACAUUAAAGCGGCUGUGUAGCACUGCUGUUUUCUGAAACUUCUUUCUUUUAGGCAGCCUUAAAAAAAAAGGAAAUCUAACUCCACACCGGCCUAGGGGAAGGACAGUAAAAUAUAUAGGAUGUAACAGUGCUGCUUCAUGUAGUUACAGCAGCAAUAGCAAGUGUGUGAUGUAUAUACUUGUUUUCUCAGGGUGAUAUUACUUCUCAACAUAAACAUUUUUAAAAAUUAUUUUAGCAUCCAGAGUUUACUUCACAUAACACAAGAAUAAGAAACAAUUACUUUAUAAACUUUGUAAUUAUUUUUUGUUUUACGUGUCUUUAAUGUACAUUGUACUUUCUUUUGUAUAUCCCCUCUAUCCCUUGAUAUAUUUUUAUGACUUUGUCACGAUUUUUAUUACCACCACGUAAGUGGAGGGGAGACAGAUAAAAUCAACCUCAUAUUAAGGCUGUAUAUCCUUAGUUUGGGAAAGUGAAAGGCAUCUAGUGUUCCCAAAACUCAUUUAUGUACAGGCCUCCUUUUCCCUUAUCUCUCAUAAUCUUUUGUGUAUUCAUAGCUCCAUAUUUCUUCCUGGAAGGUGAGAAAGGUUUAGGGUUGCUGUAAGGUGCAGCAUGGACCCAGCAGGUUAGUUUGUUUCUUGAUCAGUCCCAGAAAUUUUCUAGUGAUUUGCAACUCACAUCUUGCUUCAGCUUACAGAUAUUGCUGACAAUUAAAAAACACUGUAUGUUUGUCAAUGCAGAUGUACAUGAAUAAAAAUACAUAUUAAAAGCUG